AUGGGUGAUCGAAACUUUCCCGAUUCUAAACGCAAUCACAACAAUGAUCGCAGUAAUUUGCUUUUGGAUCGAUGUUGUAACAAUGAGUGUAGUGCAAAACAUUACUCCAGAAAACGAAAUUUACCAUUUAAUUCGGAUAUUUCUGAUGAACAAAUACGUAAGCAAUCUUCAUCUGAGGAGGACAAUGAACUUGAUACAGCGAGCAACUAUUUCGAUGAAAAUGAUGAUGGUGACAACUCGAGUACCACCGAAGAACCAGAAGAAGAUAGAUUUUGCAGCAAUGCAAAUUUUAACCAGUCAUUUUCCGGAACUCAUGCGGUACAAACCAUAUCAUCUUUAUUUCGGAAUUCAAAUAGCGAAAAUCAAAAGGGAGAAAUUGGCAUCGGUUAUCAGUUCCAUGGUCAUACUGCCACUAAUUUUAAUACCCUCACACGUGGUUUCACAAGUGGUAUUGAUUCGAUUUGUCACCAUCAUUCCCAACAGCUGGUUUAUACUGGACACAUGCCAGUUAACUCACAUUAUGUGGUCAGCUGCAGCACCGUGCAAGGUAACAGUACUAGCGGUAACGAAAGUUCAUACGAACGUGCUAACAGUAUGCCCAUAAUAAGUACGACUACGAUAAAUGGAACGAUAAAUCAACAAGAGCUUAAUACAGUCGAAUCGUUCAUUCGACCUUCUUUCAACAGUUCAAAACCAACUAUUUGCAAUUUUGGUCUAAGUCGUACUAUGUAUGGUAAUUUUGGGUACACAUUACCUUCACUACAUGGCAUGCCUGUACUUGCUUCAGAAACGUUUUGUGCCGUACCUGGUCGAACGUCAUUGCUCAGUUCUACUACAAAGUAUCACGUCACCAUUGGAGAGAUUUAUAGGCGUAUCUCACCACCAGAAUGCUUAAAUGCUUCGCUGCUUGGAGGAAUUUUAAGAAAAGCUAAGUCAAAAGAUGGUGGAAAAACUCUACGCGAUAGUUUAAAGCGAGUUGGAUUAUCAUUACCGGCGGGGCGACGAAAAGCUGCCACUGUCACAGCAUGGACGGCCUUAGUGGAAGAGGAAGCUUUGCAAAUGGCCAAAGAUUUUGCGGCUCUCAGUGAGAAAGCAUUUCCAGUACGCCAAAUUGCUGAAUUUGUUUGCAGUCGGAUGAUUUGGCAGGAUAACCCACGGGAAUGUUGCACUUUCAUCGAACAUACAAGAUUAUUUAUCAAAGAACUGUCAGAUAUUAUCAGCGGUGAAUUCUCUGGGACAAUACUUGGUAAUCAACAGAACCCUAACCCGAACAUAUUAGCUACUCCCACUAUACAGCAUGGCCUUGCACAUUUCUCUCUAUUAACGCAUGGCUUCGGACCUCUGGCGUUUGUGACGGUAUUCGAUACGCUUACUGCAAUGCUUGAUGAAAUGCUGAAAUGCUAUGAUCGAAAUGAGCAGCAUUUAAAUAUUCAAUUAUCGGAUAUAUCCGCAACACACAUACCUUCUAGCCGCUUCAUUUACACUAGUAAUAUGUAA